ACGAUGCUGGGGGAGGAUUGGAACAGCAUCAAUAAAACGUAUUUGUAUAAAAGACAAACUUUGGUUAAUUCAGUUUAGUUUUAGGUGCCACCGGUGUUUGGGAUUACUUUUUUCAGAAUGAAAAAAUACAUCAAAAUCGUAAUAUUGGCACUCGUGAUACUCGAUGGAAUAUGGGCACAGAAAAAUGAGAAGGAUGGCAAAAAAGAAAGAGGUAAAAGAGACACAGGUCAAGAAACACACACAAAUGCUGAUGUUAUGGUUCAAAAUAUUUUGCAAUGGCUACAAGGGGUGUACACACAAAAUAGUAGAAAAGUUCGCCAAGGUUCUUUCCGGGAAUACCUGCCGCCGAGCAACACCCAGAAGCCUAGGCCAUUCGAACCAUCCGAACAACACGGCCAAUAUCUACCUCCAAGGCAACCUCCAUACCCUCCUUCAGGUUCCAUAACUCCUCAACCUCCCUUCAACAUCUAUACCAACCCUGCCACUGGUGCGGUGACAGGUGAAGGUGGAUACUCCCCCUCCCAACCUUCAGAAGGUCCUUCUACCCCCUCCCCUGCUGAACCCACCAGGUACCCGACCAGGCCACGCCCAACUGGGUACCCUACAAGACCUACACCAGGGUACUCUACAAGGCCAUCGACACUCUAUACCACAGCCUACCCGACUAGACCAACUGGUUACCCUACAAGAGGGAGACCUACAGGCUAUCCUACAAGACCUACAGGCUACCCUACCAGACCUACCGGCUACCAACCAGCAGGAACCGUAACUUAUCCCACAACUGAACAAAGAGAUCGAGUAGAUCAACCAGGAUACUCCACUCCACCAUCCUACAGGCCUUCCACGCAGGAAACACCAGGUUAUCCAUCAGAACAACCUACAACGAAAAGAUAUCCAACUCCAGGACCCACCUACAUUCCAGUAACUACUGAGCAAGAGUACAGACCAAGUUCUCCAGCACCUACCUAUGGUCCAACUUACAGGCCCAGUUCGCCGGCUCCGACGUACAGGCCUACCUAUAGGCCCACAGGUCCUACUUAUCGACCUACGGAAGGACCAUCUUACAGGCCUACAGAAGGACCAACCUACAGGCCCACGCAAGGUCCAACCUAUAGGCCUACAGAAGGACCAACCUACAGACCCACAAAGGGACCAACCUAUAGGCCUACAGAAGGACCAACCUACAGGCCCACAGAAGGACCAACCUACAGGCCCACAGAAGGACCAAGCUACAGGCCCACAGAAGGACCUACCUACAGGCCCACAGAGGGACCAUCUUACAGACCCACAGAAGGACCAACCUACAGGCCCACAGAAGGACCAUCUUACAGACCCACAGAAGGACCAACCUACAGGCCUCCAGGUUCAACUUACAUACCAACGGGAAGGCCUACCACCACGCCAAACCCAGAUGAUAACAGCGUAAUACCAACACGACCAACACCAAAACCAGGCGACACUACAGGAACCGGCUCCGAGAUAGAAGGAACAGUAGUACCAACCAUAUCCGAUGAAGAUCUUCGUCAUCCUCCACACAUCCACGACAUCCAAGUGCAGUGUGCAAAGGACAUGAUGCAGAUUACAAUCGAAUUCAACAGGCAGUUUGAUGGAAUCAUUUAUUCCAAGGGUUUCUACAGCAAUCCCGAAUGUAGAUAUGUUGCAGAGAACAGUGGGCAGAUUAAGUACACCUUUACUGUUAGUCUCAAUUCUUGCGGAACAGAAUUCAUCAGUGCCUUCGAUACUCUUGGACAGUCAUAUUUGGAAAAUGUGUUGGUGAUUCAAAACGAGCCUGGUGUUCAGGAGGUCUGGGACACCAUCCGGGCUGUAAGAUGCUUGUGGGAAGGCAACCUCAGGGAAACUUUGUCAGUGAAUUUCAAUGUUGGCAUGCUGGCUCAAGAAAUAGUAACAUUCAGUGGUGACACAGCAAUGGCCAGACUGGACAUCCAGUUAGGAAGAGGACCUUUUGCUCCAGCAGCCAACGGCUUGGUUAAGAUCGGAGAAAUGAUGACCUUAGUAGUGUCUGUAACAGGCGAUGCUGGGUUCGAUAUCCAAGUUAAAGAAUGCAGAGCCAAGGACACAACAGGCGAAAACAGCAUCCUUCUAACGGAUGAUAACGGUUGUGUGUUGAAACCUAAACUGUUCGGAGCGUUCCAGAAAACUAGAGAAACUGGAAACACUGGUGCCAACAUCAUCGCUUACGCUUUCUUCAAUGCGUUCAAAUUCCCAGACAUCAUGGAUCUGGUCUUGGAGUGCAACAUCGAGUUGUGCAAAAAUGAUUGCGAAGUGUGCCCCAAUCCCAAUCAACCAUUAGAACCGGCUCGUAGAAGAAGACGUCGUGAUUUGUACAGCAAUGGAACUUUGGGAGAACCUGUAACGAUGGGUAAAAGAUUGAGUAUAAUCCUGCCAGAGGAUCUUUCGACUGGUGAAGCCAUCAUAAAUUUGAAUGAAAACCACAACGUUUGUUUAUCAACUCAAAGCUUUGUAUUUUCGACAGGUAUUUUGAUAUCUUUAUUAACUGCAAGUUGUAUUUUAAGUGCGUACUUGUGGUUGAAAAAUCAACGUCUAUCUGUGAAAAUGUAAAUGAACUUUGUUCAAUUUUGCCAACUAUUUAUAAUUAUCAAUUUAAGUUAUUUUUUUAUUAUACUUCCCAAUUAUUGUAAAAAAACGAUUCAAUAUCCCAUAAUAGGGAAAUUACCCAAAAAUUGUACCUACAAUCAUGUAAAUACUGAAUAUUUUUAAUAAAAAUUUAAAACUA